AUGGCCCUGAGUAAAUAUGGGGUGAAACACAAAGUGGCAACCCCAUAUCAUCCCCAAACAAGUGGCCAAGUUGAAGUGUCGAAUCGAGAAAUCAAAAGCAUCUUGGCAAAGACAGCAGAGAGUAGAGCAGCUGAAGAACUGGAUGAAUUAAGAAUCAGAUCAUAUGAAAGUUCAGCCAUCUAUAAAGAGAAGAUGAAUAAAUGGCAUGAUACUCGGAUACUCAAGCAGGACUUCAAGGUAGGAGAUUGGGUUUUGCUAUACAACUCGCGACUUAGACUCUUCCCCGGAAAGCUCAAAUCCAAAUGGUCUGGACCGUUUAGAGUAACGCGAGUGUUCAUCAAUGGUGCCAUAGAAGUUGAGUAUCAGGAAGUACCUCCAUUUACAGUGAAUGGGCAACGUCUGAAAUUGUAUCUGGGGUAUUGUCAAGAGAUUUCAUUGGUCGAAGUGGUAUAUCUGGAAGACGCCUAA